UGUAAUUACUACUAUUUUUUAUUUAUUUCUUUUCACCUUUUAAUUUUAAAAAGAUAAUAUAAUUUGACAAUAUAUAUUUUUUUUUAAAGAUAUCGAAUAUGAAAUAACACAAUCCUAUUGGUCGGUCGCCCUAGAGGGUGAAUCUAAGAAUAAGUCAUAAAAGUUUAUAUUGGCAAUAGCCAUUAGUAGGUCUUGAAUAGUAACAUAAAUUAAGUGGAUAGGUAAACGCAAGAAAAUAAAAUAAAAGAAGUCUAACAAAAGUGUGGAUCCGAUUCAUCAUAUAUAAUUAAGAAAGUUGUUGAUUAUAUCGUUUACUAAAAUUAUUAGCAAUAUUAUCGUUUUAAGUAUGCACGAGCACAAACAUUAGAUAGACAAAACUAUAUAGAUCAAAACUUUCUUAAUACUUAAAUAACGUAAAAUGAUGAAUAAUAAUCCAAUGAUUGGAUACAUGAUCGUACGGAAGUUUCCUACGCCACCGUCGCAUUCUUUUCUAGCCUUAAAUGAGUCGAUAUAAUCAACCGCAUGAAUUUUAAAUUUCCAAAACUAUAUAUAUAAACAAUAAAUUCAUUAAUCAUGCAUGUGACAAAAUAUUACAAAAUAUUCAUAUAUUACGUAAUUGCAUGAAUUUAAUUUUUUUAGAACUAUAUAUAUCAUUAAAUUCAUUAAUCAUGUGACAAAAAUUAGUAUUCGUAUAUUAUUUAUGUAAAUUGAUAAUAGAUAAAGUAGAGCCAACAUUACUGAAACUUUUUUUUAACAUAACAUAUCUGAAACUUUCCAUUAUAAGUUUAUAACUAACAGUCAUAUUCUACAGUCAAACCUAUAUACUUUAAAAAUAUUUACGUUUAUAAUACUUUUGUUGUUAAAGCUCAAAUAUCAGUACACACGGAUAAAACCAUACUAUAUAAGUAAUUGUCAUUUAUAAUACUAUAAUUAUCUUCUAAAGUGUGACAACGUCAAUAAUCUUAACAAAAGCACAUAUCACUUUCAUUACAGGACCAUUUCUCUAUAUAUAUCCCCCCCAUACCACCUAAACCAGAAGAAACAUAUAUUAUCAUCAUUUUCCCACAGCUUGAAAAAAAAAUGUCCUUCAUCACAAGCCCUCACUGCCGCCGCCUCGCGGCAACCACCACAACCGCAGGCGUAGACUGCCAUAAACAAGUCCGUUCAUGGCGGCUCCUUCGCACCAUCGUUCAACUUCUCAUCCCAUCAUGCUACUGCACACUCGUAGAUCCAAAUGAUAAUCAAGAAGACAAAUCUUACCGCCAAAUAAAACCAAGAACCUCCUCCGCUACCACAAACUCCUCAUCUUUCACCGGAACAAUCUUUGGUUUCCGCCGUGGCAAAGUAAACUUCUGCAUCCAAGCAACAAACGACUCCAAAACCCUAACUCCAAUAAUUGUCCUCUUAGAACUCACCGUCCCUACCGAGGUAUUAGCCCGCGAAAUGCGAGGAGGCGUGCUAAGAAUCGCUCUUGAAUCAAACGAUGAGAAUGGGUAUGGUUCACAUCAAGAUUCUUCUUCUUUUUCACUUCUUACAACACCUUUAUGGAACAUGUACUGCAACGGUCGGAAAGUUGGGUUUGCUAUCAAACGAGAUCCUUCAAAAGCCGAGCUAGACGCGUUGAAGGUGCUUACGCCGGUGACUGAAGGAGCCGGAGUUGUUAACGGAGAAGAGAUCAACCGAGAGAAGAGUGAUCAUAUGAUGUACUUAAGAGCGAGUUUCAAACGAGUUUUUGGAUCCUUUGAUUCGGAAUCUUUUCAUGUCAUCGACCCAAGCGGAGUUAUCGGACAAGAACUAAGCAUCUUCUUUUUCAGAUCGUCAAGAAAAUGAUCUUUGGAUCAUUGUGUUUACAGCAUAGACGUGCACUUGCAUACUAUAUGUUGGGAUUAUAUCGACAUUCUUGUGUUUUUAGGUUUUUUUUUUCUCGAAAUGUUUUUUUAGCUAUGCUUAAUUAAAUGAAAAUGUAAUAAGCAUAGCUUUUGAUGAUCUCAACUUUUGUAUGUAGUAGUGGUGGCCAUGUGUGUUCAUGUGUUUUCUUGUAGUGCAAAGCAUUUUUAAUCAUCUAUAUAAGUGUUACAAAAAAAAUAUCAUCUAUUGUGUGUGUAUAUGUUUACAUGCAUUUGCUUUCUAUUAUUGUCAAUAAUUUGGGAGAAUAAAGUUAAAUCAUUUUAGUUGGCCAUUAUUUUUAUUGAAUGUGUAGGCAUACAAUCAAACAUGAUAAUUUUAUAUAACUAAAAAGAAAUUAAUUAUACAUAAAUUACAUUUCGUAGAUCGUUCUUAAUUAUAACAUUAUAAGAAGUUUUUAUUUUGUUUUAUGAUAUAAUAUAUGCUUAUAUGCAAAUUUAAAUGAUGAUUACAGGUGAACCAAGCAAGUCAUGCUUGAACUUUUUCAUAAAAAGGUAUAAAUAUAUUUCUAAAACUCCACGCUUUUAGAUAAAUUAUUUUAUAUUUCAAAACAAGAAAAAUAUAGCAUUUUCUCCCUUAAAUAAAGAAAAACUCGUACUUGUGUUGAGGAGGUCAACUAGUGUCGACUUAUCAUGGGAGAAUAAAGAGUCCACGCGGCGAAUCCAUCACUACAAGAUCACUAACAGCUUCCAACUAAAAUAUUAAUUUACAUACCCAAAUAAUUUACGUAUUACAAAAUAAUUCAUCCGUGACUUUAUACUUUUAUUGUGUGCUUAGAGAAAAUGGCAAGCUGGUUGUCAUAGCUGUUGUUGAUUCCCUCUGUCUUUCCAAUGUUCUUUUGUUUUUAGUCAUAAGAAAGAUCAAUGUAUCACAGCAUUUUAGGUAGUAUUAUAUAAUUUUUAUGUAUUCAAACCGAUAACAUCAAAACGCUAAAAGCUCGAGCUCUUAUAUACGAUUAGUACGAUUAGAAUUAGCGUUUUGCUUGCCGGGGAAUAGUUGAUGGGUAGAUAGCAAACAUGCCUUAUUAUUAGUAACUGGGCCGUCAAAUUAACAAAUGAA